AUGUGGAAGCGCUCGAUAUCUCUCUCGUCCUCGGCAGGAUAUUCCCUUUUGCAAGGGGGCCGCUGUCUCAGCUGUCAAUUCCGCAAUCCUACCACCGCUGCUCUUCUCCGUUCGAGGUCAUCGCUACGUUACUACUCGACUCCGAGUCAGAAAGAAGACGAGCCGACAUCUACUCCCUCAAACUCCUCGAAUCGAGUCCAAUUCAAUCAAAACCCAUCCCAAUUGCAACCGAACAAACCAAAUGAACAGCAAAACGCACCCCGCGCCCUGGACCGCCCAAUCGGUUCCGUGAUCCCACCCCAAGAAGGCCAAAACACCGGCCUUGACGAACGAUCCCUCCGACAAAGACGAGAUGACUUUGUCAGCUACGAUAGACAUAUUGAGCGGCGGAAGGAAUUGACAAAGCAAGUCGCAAAGCCCUACUUCCGUGAAUGGACCAACAUGCGUUACCAUGAAGGCAAAACCUUCCUCUCGAACAUCCGUCUCUUUAAACGCGAUAAAGCCCUCUACUUCCCCAACAUGUUUGGCAUUACGCUCGCCUCUCCCAAACAGCCGCAGAACACGACUUCGCUCUUCAGCGGCCGGAUCUCCGUUGUGAAUGUGUUUUCGAGUGUCUGGGCUGAGACGCAGGUUGCUACUUUCACUAGUGAAAAGCACAACCCGGGACUUUAUAAGAUAUUGAAUGGUGUGAAGGGAGGUGUGAAGGUUGCGCAGAAGGUUGAUAUUAAUUUGGAGGAGAAUAGGUUUAAGGCGUGGUUGGUGAGGAUGUUCAUGUGGCAGAUAAGGGGAAAGUUUGCGAAGGAGCAGCAUGAUCGGUAUUUCCUGGUGAGGAAGGGGAUUACCGAUGGAAUUAAGGAGAGCAUUGGGAUGAUGAACAGCAAGGUUGGGUAUGUCUAUCUCUUGGAUGAGAACUGUCGCAUUCGGUGGGCUGGCAGUGGCCCUGCUCAGGGACCGGAGAUUGAUGCUUUGAACAAUGGUGUCAAGAGAUUACUUGAGGAGAAGAGAAUAAGCAAAGAAUCAGAGAUGCCGGCAGAGACUUGGAGGGACGCAGAUAAGGCCAAACCCAGGGUCAUCGUAUAA